AUGGGGCCUACAUCACGCUAUGGAAUCCACUUUGCCCCGCCACACAUUGCCAAAGAAGAUAAGGCCAGAAUGAAAGAUGGUGGGAUCCCCUGUAGGGGACCAGCGCGAGUUUUGCUGAUUAGACUGGACUUACCAGCUUCAAUAUUACCCAGCACUAGAGUAUCACAAGUUUUGCUAAUCGCAUAUAUUUUUCUCUUUUCGUAUUUCUUAUACAACUCCUGUAGAGCUUGAAAGUUAACUCUAUUUUUAAAGUUACUAUGCGUUCUUAUACACUCCAUCCUGGUAGUUACUCUACGUGCUGACUUUUAACAAAGGUUUUAUGCUAGCACCUCUUAGAUAUAGUAUUUUUCCACUUUUAAGUGGGCUAAUGUAUAUGCAUUGUACUUGCAUGAUGAUUUGUAGCAAUGGGUACAUGUGGUCAAUCUCACAAAAAUGCCAAUGCACAUGCCUUCAAAUAGUCAACAAGUACCUGGGUUCUUAAUUUUUAAUGAAUGACCUUAUGCUCACUCCAGAGCCACUGUCACCUAGUAAAUACACGGAGGCGGCUACUUCAUGUAAUAAUUCCCUAUAUGUCAGUUUAGGGGCUGAUAACAAGGCCAGCCUUAGUCUGUUCCUAGCUCAUGUAAUGGUGCCAACAUAUGCCACCACGCAAUGCGAGACAUAAUGGCCACAUCUCGGGCUGACACUAAGGGCAGUAUUUUUCUGGAAGGGCAACUGCCCAUACAUUCUUUACUGUACAGAUGUUACGGUACUAGCACUUCUCAUCUACUACAUAAAAUAUAGCAGAUAUGUCACAUGCUACUACCAGGCCACUCUUUAGGAGUUCAUUAUAAUUUAUAAUAUUGUUAUGUUAUAUGCGUUUACUAUUUGUUUGGCUAUGUUACUGCUUAAAAUGGGCUACAUAUUGGUGGAGAAUCUAUCCGCCUCACCCCUUGACCGAAAUAUGGGCAGGGUCCCCCCUCUCUGCCAUCUCAGUCUCACUCUUUGUUUGUUAAGCAAAGGCUUCAUGUAUAUACCUUAUUUUUUCUAUGACUUGCUAUUCUCUUUAUUUUACAGUUUGUUUAUUUACACCCUACGUGUCCUUUCACCACAAAGUGAAUACCGACCAUACACGUGGUCAGACCAAGCUUGUACUUAAUGGUAUCUCUACACAAAUGAUGCAUAGCGCUAAGGGGCGACCGCUGGGGCAGCCAGAGCUGGCAGCGAUGGGCCUAGCACAUCCUACUUACACUACUCCCUCCUAGCAAAGCACUGUAUGUAUAUAUUAAGGGAUCUAGUUCUCCAAGUUAUACCAGAUCCAUGACUACACCGACAUUUAAAGGACUAAAUAGCCCGCACAAACGCUGCCUAGCAGUACUAGACAUGCACAAAUCCCAAGCAGCAGUGAUGUGCCUUCAGGAAACUCUUUUAUGCUCCCGUAUCCCCCCCCCACAACUAUAUACAAAAAAAAAUAACCCCAAGCAUAUCAUGUCUAUUUCCCACACAAAUCUAAAUCUCAGACUGGGUCUUCCAGGAAAGCGCACAAUAUAUGGACUCGAUGGGCCGACUAUUGAUCCAGCCACAGAAUAUCUAAGCUGGGUUAGGAGGGGGAGGGCUUGCAAAUGCACCAGACAAGAGAACUGCAGCUUUUAGCAAGCUGUUUUUAGAUGUACUACUAGUUGGGGGAAAAUACAUAAUUAAAUAUAUCCAUUUUCUCAUUAAAAGGACACUAGGCACCCAGACCCCUUCAUCUCAUUGAAAAGAACUGGUUGCAGUGUCCUAAUUCCCUUAACCCUGCACUGUUUUAGAUAAACUGCAAUGUUUUCAUUGCAGGGUUAAAACUGCCAGUAGUGACUGUCUACUAGACAACCACUAGAGGUUCUUACUGCAGAUUCACAGAGUUUUUGAAUGAGGACUUCCAGCAUUUUGACAUUUUUAAAAAAAUUAUUUUUUUAUAGGAAAGCCUAAUACUUUCCCUGCGCAUGAGCAUUAGGUUCCCGCCCUCCUUCUCCCUCCUCCUGGCUGACAUCGGAAUUUUUAAUUAUAUUUUUUUUACAUUGCCAGGUGGAGGGCUGCAAAGGAGUGGGAGGCAGAUGGUUCCUAUAGUAUUAGGAAUACAGCUUUCUAUUCCAAAUACUAUACUGUUCCUUUAACGGUAUAUCUACUAAACAGUCAGCGAUUUUAUUUUAUUUUUUUGGACAGUGUGACACUUUAAGUAAUGGACAAAAAAGCAGCUACUCCAGUUGUUUUGUAUUUCUCAAUUUGUGUGUUUUCUUUAAAGUUUUAAACAGACACUCCUGGCUAGCCCUAAUGUCAUUGGCAGCUUUUUCUAACCACGAAGUGUUACGUUUGGAACAGGAUUUAUAGUGCAUCUGGUUCCUGGUGCUUCUUUUCCUGGCCAUUAAACCUGCCAACGAAAAAAAAAUAAAAAAAAAAUCUGUUGGUUUGUUCUGUCCUCGCAUACUCGGCUCUCUGUUAAAUACAUUAGAUUGUGUUUGUAUACUGAUCACUCUGAGGGCUAUUUAAUUCCCUUAAACCGAGACCUGUCGUUCAAUGGAAAUUGUGAAGAUGUUUGCUGUGCUAACCUUCAUUCCUGGUGUCUUUGCAGGGAAUAUUUGGCGGUAUUUAAGAAGACCGUAUCGGUCCAUGAAGUUUUCCUACAGAGACUUUCAUCUCACCCUGUAUUAAGCAAGGAUCAUAAUUUCCAUAUAUUCCUUGAAUAUGAUCAAGAUGUAAGCACCCUUCCUGUUUAAAAGGAGUUAUAAUGCUGAGACAGCUGCUAUGUGCUAUUUUCGAUAAUUUCAUAAUCUGUGACAAUUUUAUUCACUUAACAUCAACCCGUGUAUAGAACUGUGAAUUGAAAACUCUAUUGCAAACGUAGCCAACCCAUGACUAUUUCAGAGAUGGAAAAUAUCUCCAAAUGAUUUUUGUUUAUUCCAAAUCACAAAUUUCUGCUUAAAUUUCACAAUUCUGUUUUCAUUUUUCUCCAUUUUGUAUGUUUAGUGAAUAACCCCAUUUGUGUUGGGUGUAAAGGUUUAGUAGACAGAAGAGGUUUAAUCAUUAAACAGGAGAUCCACUGAAUUUAUAACAUUUAGUCCUGAAUUAACAGUGCUGGAUAUAUUUGCUGUGUUCUCAAAUUGGCUACUUUAGACUUCAUCAGAUUUACUUAUUGGAUCUCCAGCACUCCAUGUUUAAUAUAUAAAUGCAUUAAACAUUGUAAAGAAGGCAAUGUUCCAUACAAACCUGGAUUUCUAAACCUGCAUUUUAAGACCUAUUUAUUUUUUCAUGUUGCUGCCUAUGCGAAAGUGAUGGAAUGUCUUGUUUUGUUUUUAUUUCCUGUGUGUGUGUGUGUGUGUGUGUGUGUGUGUGUGUGUAGUAUAUAUAUAUAUAUAUAUAUAUAUAUAUAUAUAUAUAUAAUUUUUUUUUUUUUUUAAAUGUCAGCAGUGUUUGUCCUCAUCUCUUGCCUAUAUUUAUUUGCCAUCUCUGCCACAGGCUUGUAUUCUCCAUAAGUUUUACUUGCGUUUUAGCACAUUGAAAAAAAAUAAUUUUUUAUAUAUAUAUAUAUAUAUAUAUAUAUAUAUAUAUACACACACAAAGAAGAGUUGCUUUGUGUUGAAUAAUUACAGAAAUGGCAAAACUGCAGUUCAGAAUCAUUUUCACCAGCUUUGUUUGGUCUUUUCACGUCAGCUGAUCAGUGAUAACUUACUGAGAAAAGGCGUCAUCUUGCGAUAAUAACUAGGUGUAGAAGGUGUUUCCUUGUGCGUUCAUGAGGGGGUAUGUGGAGGACCCGUAUCACUGAACCAAGUUUUUCAAACUAGUAAGGAUUACUCCUGCCAUAUUGAAACAAGGUGGAAAAGUGGUGGGAUUUUUUUUUUUUUAAAGUAUAUCUAUCCCUCCCCUUUUAUUUCUGUAGGCACAGCCAUCAAGCAGACAUGUCACUGAGUGCGUCUUUAUAAAAAUACAGACUCCCACAAGUGGACAGGCUUGCCUUAAGCCAAAAAGAGCCGAUGAUGUCUGCCAGGAAAGAGUAGGACUAUGCUCUAAACACUAGAAUCUUCUACUCUAAUAUAAAGUCAAAUCUUUGUUUUAAUGGGAAACUCUGAGUCAGUAGAUCACCUACAACUCCUGGCAUUGAGUGAGUGUUGUUUUGAAGGAUGAAUGUUCUAAUUGCCGUUUAGAGUCCUUUAACUGCUUCAUAUUUCUUUAAAAACAGAUCAUUCUUAUAAGCCCUUUCUUUACAUGUUGCUCUACAAUAGAUGUUUUGGCUUCCAAAGAAAAAAAACAUUUUGUGCUACUCAUUUCAGCACAAAAAAUAAGUACUAAAAAGGUGAUAGACUCUAAAGAACAGUAUUCUGACAAUGCAGACCUCCCUUUUAUCUACAGGCAGAUUUUAUUAGGAAUAACCAUCAUUAAACAUACAUUUUUAAUGCUUGCAGUUUUUUAUUUUUUUAUAUCUUGUAAUAAAAUACUUCUAUGUAAAUCUUUGCUUGUUCCAGCUGUGUAACUGUUUGCAUUACUUUCUGGGGCAUAGAAAGGGUUAACAAUGGCCCCUGCAUUGCUUUCUGGGAUGAAGAGUGGGUUAAUCACGACCAAAGUUACUGUUACACUUGUCUACAUAAACCCCUACAUUACUCUGUGUGAGUGAGAGUUAUAAUUUGUCGGUUUAUCUAACAUAUAAACGUUUAUCAGCUAAACGUUUAGCAAGUGUUUGACUAAGGUUUAUGGGAGUUUUUAGCCUUAAUGCUUUUGCCUAUCUCUGACUUGUAUUGUAAGCACCAUCACUGAAUGACAGCUGCUCACCACAGUGUACUAUUGGAUGUUUAAAUUGACAUUAUCUAUUUUGCUGUUUAGUUAACCGUACGACGGAAGAAUACUAAAGAAAUGUUCGGUGGAUUCUUUAAGAGCAUGGUUAAAACGGCUGAUGAGGUUCUCUAUUCUGGAGCAAAGGUGAGCUUAAUGAAUGACCUGUGUGUACUCCUUUCAGUGCUCUGCUAUGUGCCAGGUUAGAAAAUCAGCUCUUCAUGCAUUUUGAACAGUGUUAUUUUUGGCAGCAAAUUUCAAUUUAGUCAAUUUAGUUUUAGUCAUAGUCUUGUCUCUGACAUUUUAGUUGUAGUUAAGUCAUCUGAAUUGUUUUAGUCGACUUGGAUGUCAUACACUCUAUUUUUCUUUUCACUUUGCAGUUUGUUGCAAUUUCACAUGUCCUAGAUCCCAUAAAACUUAGCCUUUACAUAGUUCCAUAGUUACAUAGCAGAAAAGAGACUUGCGUCCAUUAAGUUCAGCCUUCCUCACAUUUGUUUUUUGCGGUUGAUCCAAAAGAAGGCAAAAAAACAAACAGUUUGAAGCACUUCCAAUUUUGCAGCAAGCUAGGAAAAAAAUUCCCUCUUGACCCCAGAAUGGCAGUCAAAUUUAUCCUUGGAUCAAGCAGUUAGUACCCUACAUCAGUGAUGGCGAACCUUUUUGAAAUGCAAUACAUGCCAACUUUUUUUUUUCCCUCAAAGUGCCUACACGGCAAUUAAACCUGAAUACUGAGGUUUAAGUUUAGAAAAAACAACUCGUACAGUUGUACGGAAUAAUUAACAACUUUUGUUUUAAAAGAAGAACCCAACAGUGAGUUCAAUUAUACAAAUUUUAAAUAAUGAUAUAAAUAGAUAAAAUUAAGCUUAUAUUAGUAUCGCCAACAAAUCCAAUACAUAUACACCGACUGCUGAAUACAUAUACACCGACUGCUGAAUACAUAUACACCGACUGCUGAACACAUUCACACACCGACUGCUGAACACAUUCACACACCGACUGCUGAACACAUUCACACACCGACUGCUGAACACAUUCACACACACAGUCCGUGGGGGGUGUGGUGGGGGGUGGGUGUGUGUGGGGGUGGUGUGUGUGUGUGUGUGGGGGUGGGUGGUGUGUGUGUGUGUGUGGGGGUGGUGUGUGUGUGUGGGGUGGUGUGUGUGUGUGGGGGUGGUGUGUGUGUGUGUGUGUGUGUGUAGUGUGUGUGUGGGGAAGGGGUGUGUGUGUGUGUGUGGGUGUGGGGUGGGAGGUGGGGUGUGUGGGGUGGGUAUGCAUGGGUGGUGGGGGUGGUGUGGGGGAGGGGUUGCUUUGCUGUGGGGGUAGGGUAAAUACAUUUAAAAAUAUAUAUACCCCAGAAUCCUAUAUAUAAAUUCUGUAUCCUCCCUUCCUUCCCUCCCUCCUCCUCCCUCUCCCUUUCCUCCUCCCUCCCUUCCCCUCCCUCACUCUCCUCCCUUCCCUCCUCCCCGGCCUUUCCUCCCCUCCUUCUUCCCUCCUCUUUCCCUCCCUCUCUCCUUCCCUCCCUCCCUCCCUCCCUUCCUCCCUCCCUUCCCUCCCUCCCUUUUCCCUCCCCUCCUCUUUCCCUCCCUCCCUUUCCUCCUCCUUCCUUCCCUUCUCCUUUUCUCUCUCUUCCUCCUUCCUUACCUUUGGUGAAGGGGAAACACAGCCAUCCCCGGUGGUUCGGUGGUGGUAAUUAUGUUUCUGGCAGCUAGGAAGCAGCUCUCUUGUCCUCCCGCGCAAUGCUGUGUGGAGCGUUGCCAUGUUAACGUGCGGCAAUGCUUCACACUGCAUCGCGCGGGAGGACAGGAGAGCUGCUUCCUAGAGCCCUCCCCCUGUCCUCCCAACAUGGAAACAGAGUAGGCGCCUGCCGUUUCUGGCAGGCAGGUGCCUACUCUGCAGACAGCCAGCGGCCUCUUGUCCCGGCGACCUAUGGCCGUGUGCCAACAGAGAGGGCCCAGCGUGCCACAGGUUCGCCAUCAUUGUCCUACAUUGAAAGAUUAUAUCCUUGAAUAUUCUGUUUUUGCAAGUAUGCAUCUAGUAGCUGUUUGAACAUCUGUAUGGCCUCUGAAAAAAACACUUCUUCAGGCAGAGAAUUCCACAUCUUUUUUGUUCUUACAGUAAAAAAACCUUUCCUUUGCCUUAGAGGAAAUCUUCUUUCUUCCAGUCUAAAGGCAUGACCUUGUGUCCUAUGUAAAGUCCGGUUUGUGAAUAGAUUUCCACACAGUGGUUUGUAUUGCCCUGGAUAUAUUUGUAUAAUGUUAUAAUAUCCCCUCUCAGGCAACGUUUUUCUAAACUAAAUAGGUUUAAAUUUGUUAACCUUUCUUCAAUGCUGAUAUGUUCCAUUCCUUUUAUUAAUUUUGUAGCCCGCCUCUGCACUUUUUCUAGUGCCAUAAUAUCCUUCUUUAGAACAGGUGCCCAAAACUGCACAGCAUAUUCAAUAUGUGGUCUUACCAGUGAUUUAUAAAGAGGCAAAAUGAUAUUCUCGUCCCGAGGAUGAAUGCCCUUUUUCAUGCAUGACAAUAUCUUACUGGCCUUGGCCACUGCUGAUUGACAUUGCACAUUGUUGCAUAGUUUGUUGUCUAUAACCAUUCCCAAAUCCUUUCGUGUGUUGUUAUCCCUAAUUUGCAUCCAUUAAGGGUAUACGUUGCUUGUGUAUUCUUUACGCUGAAGUGCAUAACUUUGCAUUUUUCAACAUUCAAUUUCAUCUGCCAUUUGAGUGCCCAGUCCCCCAGUAUAUCUCAAUCCAUCUGCAGCAAAGUAAUAUCUUGCUCACAUUGUAUUUUUUUACAAAGUUUUGCGUCAUCUGCAAACACUGAAACAUGACUUUCAAUGCUGUCUUCAAGAUCAUUUAUAAACAUGUUAAAUAGAAGGGGUCCCAGAACAGACCCCUGAGGGAAACCACUUGCCAGCUCUGUCCAGCUUGAAAAUGUACCAUUAAUGACAACUCUUUGUUCUCUGUUUUUAAGCCAAUGUUCUACCCAAGAACAAGAAUUUACAUCUAGACCUAUUUCCUUGAGUUUGAACACGAAUCUAUUGUGUGGAACUGUAUCAAAUGCCUUGGCAAAAUCCAAAUAGAUCACAUCCACUGCAACACCCUGAUCUAUACUUCUACUUACUUCUUCGUAGAAUGCAAUCAAGUUGAUUAAAUAUUCUUUAAUGGAUUUUGUUAAAGCCUCUAUCUGUCUCUUUUGCUCCCUUCCCCAGCCCCCCUGUGUCUCUUUGUUUCCUCCCUUCCCCAGCCCCCUAGGGCAGCACAAAACCAGGAUACACCACUGCCCCCAUGUGUCUCAUUUGCUCUCCUCCCUCCCCUGUGUGCCUUACUUCCCAGUGUUAAUUUUGGCGGCAAAUCUUUAUUUAGUUUUAGUCAGUCUUUUGACUAAAAAGCCAUUUUAUUUUUAGUCGUAUUUUAGUCAUCUUAAUUAUUUUUUUUUGAAUUUGACAAUUUUUAUUGUACAAUGCUCGAGAUACAGUCAUGACAUUCAAUAUACAUUGUAUGCAGAUUACCCGAUCCCCCAUGACGUUGUUAGGUAUUACAGACAUUAUAAAUUCGUAUUUAUUCUCCCCUGCCCCUCUAAAGGGUUCAGGACUGUAGGUGGUCGUACAGGGGUGUAUCGUGCAUAUCUGUGCAAGGUUACCUGGCCGGGUGUUCUGUGCGCAUCAUUGUCAAGCAUCGUACUUUUCGGGAAAACGAGUAGGUAGGAUAGGGGGUGGUUGUGGAGUGGGGGGGGGGAAACUUGGGGGGGGGAAUGAGAGACUAGUUGCGUUGGUUAUGUCGGUUCUUUUUGUAGUCCUUCUGAUCGUAGGAAGUCGUCCCACCUGUUGUGAGCUAGAGUCAUGUGUUUCUUUCCACCAAAUUGUCGUGCAUAUACUGUCUCGUAGGCCCAGUUCAGUUUUAUUUGGUUUAUGAGAGCUUCUCGUGAUGGGAUUGUCGUUUGUUUCCAUAGCCUAGCAAUGCAUGUGACUGCGGACAUAAGGAUGUGGUAUGUUGCUGCCCACUUAUCUUUAGUAAGUGAGUCUGGUGGAAUGAAUAGGAUGCAUAGUUCCAGUGUCAGUGAGAUUUGUGUUUGUGUGGUGGCAUUUAUGAUUAUUUGCACCUCCUGCCAAUAGGAUUUGAUGGUGGGGCACGUCCACCAGACGUGAGACAUGGUGCCUUUACUCUGGCCACAUCUCCAGCAGGUGUCGGAGGAUCGCGGCCACAUCUGGUGGAGUCUGGAUGGUACCAAAUACCAUCGGUAUAACAGUUUUCGCUGCAUCUCAAUAUGAGUAGCACAAGAUGUUACACCUUUGUACGAGGAGUAAGCCUUAAUCCAGUCUGUCAAUGGGAUUGUUCUGCCUAAUUCUCUAUGCCAGGAUUGAAUGUGUGUUUCUUUGCCCUGAUCUAAUGCUUGGGUCAGUGCUUUGUAACUGAUGGAGAUUAGUUUUUUCAUUGGUUUUCUGUGUGUGCAUAUCUGUUCGGUCAUCGGUCUUGUGGCUGCAGCAGCCGGUCCGUUAGGUUUGUUUUUGGCUAAGUAAGAUUUAAUUUGGAGGUAUGCGAAGCCUAGUCUGUGGGGUAGUUGAAAUUCUUGUUGUAGGUCCGGAAAUGGUUUUAACCCCUUGUCAUUGUAUAACUGCCCUAUUUCUUGGAUGCCCAUCUGUAGCCAUAGUUGUGUGUUCAGGUUCGGUAUUACAUGUUCUAGGGUGCUGGUUGGGGCUGCCAAAGGCAGUGGGUGGUAUCGCGUCAUUAGGUGCUUCGUGGAGUCCCAUACAUGUAGGGUAUAUUGAGUCGUGGGUAGGAGGUGACUAGUAUCUGUCCUAUGUGAUUUGGGUGUCCACAGGAUGGAGUGUAGUGUCGUUGGGUGGGCCCAGCUGUUUUCUAUUUCCAGCCACUGUGGGGCUGUGGGAUGUUGUCAAAAUUGUGGCACUAGCAUCAACGUUGCCGCUUUACAAUAUGCUUUUAGGUCUGGGAAGCCUAGUCCGCCCUGGUUUAUCGGUCUUUGUAAUAGGUUGUUCGCUACUCUGGGUUUUUUGUUUUGCCAUGUGAAGUGCGUUAGCAGUUUCGUGAGUGCUUUGAUGUACUUGUCUGGUACUGAAAUUUGUAGUGUUCUGUAUAGGUAUUGGAGUUUGGGUAAUAGUGACAUUUUUAUGGCCGCGAUCCGCCCCACCCAGGACAAGUAUUUCCCCUCCCAGGAGCUCAGUAGGGAUUUAAAAGUUUCUAACAAUGGCUGGUAGUUCGUCUUGAAGAGAGACAUGGGGUUUUUGGUCAUUUUAGUUCCCAAGAAGGUAAGGUGAUCAUCCCUCCAGUCUAGAGGGAACGAGCUCUUGAGGUUCGUCAGUUGUGUUGCGGGGAGAUUGAUACUUAGUGCCUGUGUCUUAGUGACGUUCAGCUUAUAAUAUGACACUCGUCCGUAUUCCGUGAUGUGGUGCAUAAGGUUAGGUAGGGAUAUGUGUGGUUGCGUUAGAGUGAGGAAUAUGUCGUCAGCGAAUAGGCUUAAUUUGUAUUCUUUCUGACGUAGUGUUACCCCAUGGAUUGCUGAUUCCAUCCUGAUCUUGGCAGCCAGUGGUUCCAAUGCCAGGACGUAGAGCAGCGUGGAAAGCGGACAACCCUGGCGGGAGCCAUUAGAGAUUUUGAAUUUGUCCGAGCAGAAUCCUGCGUUUAGGACUUUAGCCGUGGGGCAGCUGUAUAGAGCCUCUACUGUGUCUGUGAAUUGGGAGGGAAAGCCAUAUUUCAUCAGUACCACCUUCAGGAAGCGCCAAUUUAAUCUGUCGAAGGCUUUCUCCGCAUCUAAGGACAUUAGUAGGCUACCUGUCCCCUUCCGUCUUAUGCUGUGUAUUAGGUCCAAAACCUUCCGGGUGUUGUCCGUUCCCUGCCUCCCUGCUACAAAUCCCACUUGGUCGUUGUGAAUGAGAGAUGGGAGUAGUGAGCUCAGUCGCCGGGCAUAUAUUUUGGCGUAUAAUUUGGCGUCUGUAUUGAGGAGGGAUAUUGUCUAUUCUGGUGUACGUAUUGUGUGUAAGUGAGUGAUACGUGUAAUCCUUUUCUUGAGGGUGUAGGACUCGCCAUACGUCAUAUAGUUUAUUGAUAUCUAAUAAUUUAAGGUAUGAUGCGCAAGUCCUGCGGUGGUUUGUUUGCACCACUCUGCCUGCAUGGGACGUUGUGUCGUUUUUGGGAUCUAUGAUGUGGUUAAAGUCCCCACAUAAAACCAGUAUACCCUCCUGUAUUGGUCGCAGUAUGGAUAAGAUUCUGUGUAGGAAAUCUCUUUGCUUCGUGUUCGGGGCAUAUAUGUUUGCUAGGGUAUAUUUAGUGUUGUUGAUUGUGCAUACUAUUAUUGUGUACCUUCCUUCCUUGUCUGUCUGUAAAUGGUGGUGCUGGAAGGAUACUGUGUUGCUAAUCAGUAUUGAUGUCCCUUUCGUUUUUGUCCCUGCCGUAGCGUGGUAUUGGUGUGGGUACAAGGAUGGUUUUAGGGUCGGUGGCGUUUUAAAAUGUGUUUCCUGAAGACAGACUAUGUCAGGCUGGUCUCUUUUAAGGUCUCGGAAAAGGCAAUGUCGCUUAUAUGGGGUAUUCAACCCUCUAACAUUGUAGCUUUGUAUUUUCAUACUUUAGGUCAGUUGCUUGAAUCGCUAGAAUUCGUUUAUGUGAUCUUCGUAUGGGGUAGGCUGAGCUUGUUGCUGACAGUGCUUGGGGUUUGUCCUCGCAAUACUGGGCAGUGGUGUGGGCCUGAGUUGUGUGUUUAGUGGUGGUGAGGGCGAGUUGCGCUUGGCUAUUGGUGGGCCCAGAGGUUGUCAGUUUGUUCAGGUGGGUGUCACCUUCUUGUUCAAUGGGUGCAACUGUCUCUUGGAGUAGUGUCGAGGGAGGAGAGGGGGGAAAGAGUGUAGUGGGGUCAUACUGUGAGGGUAUGAACAUUGGAGGGGUAAAAACUAUAGCCCCUGGAUGGGCUUUGGUUCCGGCUAGCGGUACCAUGAGAGCGUGGUUACUCUGAAGUAAAGAACAGUAGUAAGAUUGGCCUGUGUCAGUCCGUUGUGACCUGCGGUUGGUCAGUGGAGUGCCACUUUACGACUGUUGGCUUUGCGGUGAGAUACAGGAACUUUGGGCUGCGGUUGUCACUUGGGUUCAAUCUGCUUGCGUCAACAAUGGUUUUUUUUUUUUUUUAAUAAACUUCAGCUGGAGGCCUGUGCCAGCGGUGCCCCCCCCGGGGGAGUCAAGGGCAGCAGGGGGUUGGCGGUGCAUGACUGAGGUUGCUGCCUGGCAUGACGUAUUGGCUUGGUCGCCUAAGGUGUGUGGGAGGUUGUGGAGGUCUCGCUAUGGUCUAGUUGUGGCGGGGCGGUUCAGUGUGCGCCUCGCUUAACCUCCGGUAGAGUGACCUCUCCUUGGAGGCCUCAUGGAGGGGAGGGUAUCGUGUGCGUCAGGGCUAUCCCGUUGGCCUGUAUGCUUAGUUUGCAGCUAUCUCUGGCAUAUUAUGCAAACAUCCAAAACAAUCAUAUUGCAAUACAUAAUAGGCUUAAUCCCACUCCCCCCAGGCUGUAAACGGGCUGUCCCGUUCGCAUACACGCUGAAUUGGCAGCUGUGCCUCAUACGCUAUUCAGUACCCGAGACAGUCACAUUGUGAUACCUUUGAACAUAAUCACCAUUCUUCGUGGUGCCUCCCCGCUCCCCCCAGCUAUAACGGGCUAUCUUAUUCACAUGUAAGCUAGACUUACAACUAUUCUCCACAGAUUGUACAGAUAUUCAAGACGUUUACAUUGCAAUAAAUCGUAGUCACAAUUACCCUCCCCCGAGAUACCUUCCCGCUGCCCCAACUCCCCCGAGCGUGGCGACUUUUCUUGUGCUGUGUUGUGUCAUCCUCUGGGAGUUCCCUUCAACCUUCUGUUGUUUGCCUCCCGGUAGGCUGCAGCUGUGUGUGUGCCGCUGCCCGAGCCUGCGGCACUAAAAGUUCACGUGGCAGCAUAGUGUAUCAAUUUGUGCCGCGCUGUAGUCCCUGAGAUUGGCACUUGUUGUGUGUUGUUAGUCCCCAGUGUGUAUGCAGUGUGUGUGUUGCGAAUAAAUGUGUGUUGUUGGUGCGUGAGGCGCUGCCAGUGUUGCAAGGGCAGCGUGGGGAGUUAUAAUGUCAUAGUCACCUGCUUGAAAUCAAUAGUCCUUUCUCGUGUUCCUGUAACAGUCCCGCAUUCUGUUGUUCGUGGGUAUUGGGAGUAGCUUAUGGCAUCUCACGCCAUUUUCGCUGCUUAUCGUGAUUGAAAUGUGUACUCCUCCGUCAGGGUCGCAGGGCCUUAGUUGCGUACUCUUUUCCAGUCGGCUGUAAGCUUACUCGGUUGUGGGUCGUUGCUGCUGCUUGCCUGGUUUUGGGGUUGUAUACCCCAUUUCUGCAGUGUUUUCCGUCCAUCCGCCAGAGAGGUGAUAACGUGCAUAGCUCCAUUUUUAUGGAUGAGGAGACGCAUUGGGUGGCCCCAGCGAUAGGGCACCUCAUGGGAGCGGAGGGCAUCCGUUAUUUCCUUAUACUCCUUCCUUUUUUUCAGGGUUUGGGCAGAGAGAUCUGCAUAUAGUUGAAUGGAGUUGUAUUGGGCUGGGAGGUCUUUGCGGAUCCUAGAUGCUCUCAUCAGUGCUUCUUUCGCAUGAUAAUAAUGGAGGUGCGUCAGUACAUCCCUUGGCGCUUCAGCUGGGAGAAAGCUUGGUUUGGCGACUCUGUGCGCUCUAUCCAAGAGCAAGACAUCUGCUGGGAGGUCUGGAGCUAGUGUUUUGAAGUAAGCCGUGAGGUAUGCCGCUAUUUCGGGCUGCUUCACUGUCUCAGGGAUCCCCCUGAUCCGUAUAUUCUGUCUCCUUGACCUAUCUUCUAGGUCCAUGAUUUUAUAUUGGCAGGACUCCAGCGCCUGUUCGAGGUGGUGGACAUGAUCUGCCAUGUCAUUGUGUGCGUCUGCAUACUCGCCCAUGCGGUUCUCCAUGCGGGCUGUUCUUUCACCCAGCUCCUGCACGUCUCUUCUUAAGUCUGAGAUGGACUUGUUGAGGCUGUGUAGCAGUUUAUCAGACAUUUCUCCCAGGCAUGCCUGGAGUAUGUGCUGUGUGACCGGCAGGUCUCUACCCCCAGGGGAUUCCUGCAGUGGCAGCGUGUCGUCGCCAUCUUGGCUGUGCUCUCCUGUACCCUGGGCCUUAGUUGGCGGAUUGCGGGCGGAAAAAAAGACGUUUUUAUCCGCUUUGUCGGGGAUCUUCUUCCCUUUGGGUUGGGCCAUGCUUGAGGCUUGGUUCGGAGGUUGGUGCUGGUCACUGUCGCUGGUGAUGUCGCUGUAUAGGCCAAAACAGAACGGAGCUCGCCUCACAUGCGUCCGUUCGCGCCGAGCGUUAAGCCACGCCCCCCCAUCUUAAUUAUUUUAGUCGCCUAAAUCUCAAAGCAUUUAGUCAACUAAAAUCUGGCUAAAAUUGUUAGUCGACAAAAUGAACACUGAUGUAGAAUUUUGUUAAGUCUCUUGCAUAGAACUGUUCCAUUACACACUUGAGUUCUUAGGAUUUCUCCAUUGAUUUUUGUUCUGUUUCCCAGAGGGUGGUGGGGAUACCAGUGAAGUGGCCCAGAUUUGUGUGCUUGGUUCCAUAUUAUGUCUUUAGAUGAGUUAGGCGUUCAGAAGAUAAUGAAUUUUGAAAGGCUUUUGUAACACCCCACAUAAUGUUCCAUACCCCCGAAUAACCAAGUGUAAACUAUGUGUCCUCCUCAAAUCUAUGGUCAACUUUUGGUAAUAUCGUAUUGCAUACUAUUAACAAAAGAUUGGUAGAUUUUCUUCCUGGACAUUAAGGUGGUCUUGUAUGAAAAAAUUUAACUUUGUCUGUGCCUUUACUACCAGUUUGUCAGAAUAAAUUCUUAUAUUAUAUCUAUGUGACGGGUGCCUUUUAUUGAACCAACCAUUACUGGAAGGUUUCAGAGUUCAGUAAAUGAUUUAUCUCAGAUUUAUACAUUCUAACGUUUCAUGACGGAGACACUUGUAUUUCACAGUGUCACUUAGGGUUAGGGCUGGUUUGAAAUUUUCAUUGCUGCUAAAUAAAUUUUUUUUAAAAAUGACAUGCUAUAAUCCCAAAAUAUUUUCAAAGACAGAUUUCUAAAGAUAUUAACUUGGGUGUAAGCAUGUUACAAGUGUAUGAUUGUAUCAAACAUUCUAUAGUUAAAGAAUGACACUGUAUUAGGAAAAUGACACAAAGUUAUUUGGGUCAUCUAGUGCGAAGUCUGCCAUCGAUUGCACUGCAGUUCAAUAUAUUGCUUGUGUACAAGCAAUCCACGUACUGUGUGCUCUCUGCAUCAGCCUGCAGGAAAAGCAGGGAUAUGGGUAUGUUAUGGGUGAGUGAUAAAAUGCAGAGAAUGUAGAACAGUUAUUUUAUAGACUCAAAUCAAAUAUUAAGACCGUGAGGCUGUGUUGUAUAAGCUUUUCAAAUGAUCAAAAUGUGAUAGAACAUUUUUUUUUUAAAGGAUUUGUCUACAAAACUUCCCAUUGACUUUAAUGGUGACUCCGAAGAUAAGUAUUUUGAAAAGUUUUUAGAACAGUGAUAAUUUGAAAAGCCUUUUCAAAAGAAUUAAAUUGAGGCAUUCGUUCUGUAAGUCUAAAUGUGGUUAAUUACCAAAUACUUGCUUGUGUUUUCCAUCUUUGUGCAAUAUGUUGUUUCUUAAAGUGACCAGUAUUGAUUUUAAAUGUGUUUCUAGCCCUUUAGUGUUCUCAUGCCAUAGCUUCCCUUUUCCCUUAUACAGGAAGUUGAUGAAUUCUUUGAGCAGGAAAAAAUCUUUCUAGUGAAUUACUACAACAGGAUCAAGGACUCUACCGCCAAAGCUGACAAAAUGACAAGAUCUCAAAAAAGUACGUGAGCCACUGAAGUCGCCUGUCUGACUUUACACUAGAUUUGCAGUAAAAUUAGCAUUGCUGAUGUGAGAGGGAGAGCAUGCAAGUUCGAUGCUGCCUCUCUUUCCAUUUCAUUUUAUUAUCUGAAUCAAUGUCUCUAGAGCAUCCAUUAUGCCUUAUUAGAUGAAUAUUGACUACAUCAUUGUAUCUGUUAAAGGGGCACAUCAGGCAGUUUCACUCAUGUGAUAAUAUAAACAUAUCUACUUGUCAGGCUCAGAGCAAACACAUUUAUUUAAUGAAAGAAAAUAUUCACAACUAAUCUUCCUAUCUGGACAGGGUGUAAGGAACAAUGUGCACAGCAUUCCCAUUAAAAGAAAAACCGUAUCAGCUUUUUCUCUGCAUGUCCUCCGAAUACAAAGGCAGUAACUUCUUAUCUUUAUAUUUAUAUAAUUUUUCUUUUUGAAUUAUCUAAAAAAAAUUAGAAACAAAGGAACGCCUCUCUAGGCUUUUUAAUGAUUUCUGUGACCAGUGUAGGAAAUACAAUGACAAAAACCCAACUUGGGUACUAGAAUGCUUUAAUUGACAAGUGAUGUACUGAUUUCUGUCACCUCACUGUUUCACAACUUUUAUAUACGUUCCCUUGGUGUCCUGCCACACAGCUAAAAUGUUUCCUGUGCUCUUUGUUUGCAGAUGUUGCUGAUGAUUACAUUCAUAUUUCAGCUGCUCUGACCUCUCUAUCGGAGGAAGAGAACACAGAGGUCCGAAAGUAAGCAUUGCUGGGAAUUGUGGGAAGAAGGAAUUUAGUGUAGGAAGUCAUAUUUGAUGGCUUCCCCUUUGCUGAAUAAACACAUUCCACAGAGCGGAGGGCUAGAAAUCCCUGCAUGCAACGCUUCUUACACAUUGUGCAUGUUAUCAAGGCUACAUGCAUUUCCAGAGCCAUAAACACAAGAAAACAGGCAGUUUAGGGCAACUUGUGUUUUUCUGUGAUUGCAAAGCACGUGAAAACAGCCACCAGAGGGCGACGUUGCUUUAAACUGUGUAUCUGUGGUUGCAACUGGUGUAUAAAAAUAACUUCCUAAGCUCCUCAUCACAUUAUUAUUAUUAUUAUUAUUACUGGUAUUUAUUUAGCGCCAGCAUAUUCUGUAGCGCUUUACAAUAUUAUCAAAGGGGGAGAUUUAACAAUAAAUGAGACAAUUACAAAAACUUACGGAACGAUAGGUUGAAGAGUGAAGCAGGGCUGGAAGAGAGAGUAGAGUGCUGCCCAUUAGGAGAGAGUAAUAGAUAGGUGUGUAAGGUAGAGGUUACUCUGGGAGGCCAUAAGCUUUCCUAAGAAGAUGGGUUUUGAGGCACUUCUUAAAUGAUUAAAGACUAGGGCAGAGUCUAAGGGCAGUAGGCAGGCUAUUCCAUAGGAAGGGAGCUGCCCCCGAGACGUCCUGCAAGCGUGAGUUGGCCGUACGGGUGUGAGCAGCGGACAGGAGGGGACCGAGAAGGGGCAUAUGUGCGGAUCAGUGAAGAGAUAUAGGAGGGGCUAGAAUUGGUCAGUGCUUUAUAGGUGUGGCUUGAAUUGACUCCUAUAGGAUACAGGGAGCCAAUGUAAGGACUGACAGAGGGGAGAAGUGUGAGAGGAAAAUCAGUGUAGCUGAAGCAUUCGUUACAGAGUGUAGUGGGCAAUACGACUUGUGUGAAGACCUAUUAGGAGAGAGUUACAAUAAUCCAUGCGAGAGAUUACUAAAGUAUGGACAAGCUCCUUAGUAGCAUCUUGCUUAAGAAAGGGAUGGAUGCGGGCUAUGUUUUUAAGGAGGAAUCUACAGGAUAUGAUAACAGACUGGAUGUGAGGCUCAAAUGUGAAGCCACCACAUUGAAGGGAGAGGGAGAGAGGAGUAUUAAUAUUGGUAGGUGGAAAGACCAGAAGUUUAGUUUUAGAGAGAUUGAGUUUCAAAAAGCGGGAGGACAUCCAAUCAGAUAUGGAAGAAAGGCAAGCAGUGACACGUUGCAGAACGGCAAGGAAGAGAUCUGGGGAGGAGAGAGAUGUCUGGGUGUCAUCAGCAUACAGGUGGUAUUGGAAUCCAAAUGAGGUAAUAAGUUUGCCAAGAGAGACAGUAUAAAGAGAAAAUAGAAGGGGACCAAGUACAGAGCUUUGGGGGACUCCAACAGAGACAGGAUGAAAGGAGGAGGUAUCAUUAGAAAAGGAGACGCUAAAUGAGCGUUGGGAGAGAUAGGAUGAAAACCAAGAGAGGACAGUGUCACAGAAGAGUCAAAGGCAGCAGAGCGGUCAAGAAGGAUAUAGAACAAUAAAGAGAGAUCUAUGUUCAUUUUUAGUUGUCUUAGCGUUGGGCUGACACAGUGGCCAUCUACCACUAAACAAAGUAAGGCUUUACACAUUUCUUCUUUUUUUAAGUUCCCAUCCUCUACUUACCUCAGACAACCAUAGGGAAAAGGCGUACCAAGGUCAUAUGGCACCCAGGGCAGAAAACUAUUUCCACACCCCUGAUCCCCACCCCCUGUCCAAACUGUACAAAAACUGUUUUGUUUGGGAAAUUACACGCACAUACUGACAUUCAUAUAACUACAUGUUCAUAUGUACUUACAUUUAUGGAUAUGCAACAUUAACUAAUAUCGAUUUUAUUUAUUUUUUAUUUAUUUAUUUUAAAUGUAUUUAUUUUUUUUCCAUAAAGACCGAAGAGUGCAUCUCCUUUUUUUUUUAUAUAUAUAUAUAUAUAUAUAUAUAUAUAUAUAUAUAUCUCUCUCUCUCUCUCUCUCCCCCUCUCUCUCUCUCCCCCUCUCUCUCCAUACAGACAUUGAGAUAUAUAUAUAUAUAUAUAUAUAUACACAAGGAAUCAUAUACACGCCCAGAUUCACAUAUGUAUAUACAUACAAACUCACACUCACAGCACUGUAAGAGUACUUUUAAUAUAUUCCCCCGAAAUAAGGUUGUUAAAGUGGGAUCCGUGCCAAUCAGGUGGUUAAAUGCUCUCGGACCCAAUACUCAUAACGUCGCAGAAUGGGACAGGCAAAUGGGAGGGGGUAUAGGAAGUGCGGUUGAAUGAAAAGGGAGGAGGGAAUUGUUAGAAAACUUCACCAGGAGCCAUUGUCACCAUUGUACUCUCAAGCUUGUGAUGUGCGAGAAGACCCCCCCCCCCUUUUUUUUUUAUUUUUUUUUUUAACUAUUCUUCUUGAUGGUUUCCCAUUUUGUCAACUUCUACUUUGCCUAUAAAACAAGUCAUUUCUUUGUCUUAUGAUACAGUACAUUUUGAUUGGAUAUUUCCUGAAGGUUUUUUAGUUUUCUGUUGGUAUUCCCUCAAUGAGUAGAAAAUAAGCAUCCCGUCUACUUAUUCUACUCUAUAAGGUCAUCAGGUCCACACAUGCCAAGGCAGGGAUUCUCCAAGUCCGUUAGACUUGGCAAUUUAUUAUUUAAAGGGUUACUCCAACCCUUAUCAAGGGGAGGUUAUCACGUCUUUUAUGCACUGAAUUGACAUUGGCAGUCCGGAACAGAGCAACUAGCACACAAUUACAAAUACCUCAGUAUGUGCAGUGUUUCAAGCUGAAACACUGCACAUACUGAUUCCUACCACCAUGACCACUUCAAAUCACUGAAGUGGUCAUGGUGGUUGGUGUAACUCUAUAUAAUCUGCUCUAAGAUUUGGAGAUUUCCUGCUUGCUGACAGUUUAUAAUAACCAUGACAGUGAUUUGGAACAUCCUUGCAUCAUAAUCCCUGCAAUGGUCAUAGGUUGUUACAGUAUAUAUUAAAUCUUUUCAUAACUUUGCCUCUGAAUUAAUAUCCUUGCUCAAUUUCUACCAGCCUUAACUACAUAUAUGGGCUCCAGAUAAAAAGUAACAGAGUGGAGCUGUCUGUUGUGUUCAGUAGUAAAAUAUCCGGAUUCCUCCUUUGUUCUUUCCCAAACAUGGCACAUGCGCAGGAAUUUGAAUGGGGCAGAAGAAGGCAAUGAUGUUUCGUCAUUUCCCUGGAUCUUCAAGAUGGCAGUGCUUUGGAUAGAGCAGAGGUUUCCAAACUUCUCAUGCUAUUAACACAUUUUCAGACAUGCAUCAUUUCGCGACUUGGCAGCACAGUGCUCUAUUUCUUGAACACGCCACUUCAGUUGCAGCCAAAUCGCCAGAAAUUAUGAAGAACUAGCGGUUUCGAACCGAUUCCGCAGGCAGUGCAGUACAUGUAUGAUCCCUCAACCGCCUCUCUAACACUCUGGCCCUUAUUCACAAUAUAGUAAUAUAACAUACCCAGCCCAUGUUGGGUCUUCUUACCUUAUAUAUUGUUGCUGGCUGGCAGGCUGCUGCGUGUGUUUGGCUAGUUAGCUGGCAAGCUGGCUGUGGCUGGUGGGCCUCUUUCUAGUCCCUCCAGCCCUUCUGUAUGUCUUUGUGCCCCCUGGGCCCCUCUGUGUGUGUGUGUCUUUGUGCCCCCUCUGUGUGUGUGUCUUUGUGCCCCCUGGGCCCCUCUGUUUGUCUGUUUGUGGCCCCUCUGUGUGUGUCUCUGUGUCCCCUCGGCCUCUCUGUGUGUGUGUCUCAUUGCCCCCUCGGCCCCUGUGUGUCUCUGUGCCCCCUCGGCACCUCUGUGUGUGUGUCUCUGUGCCCCCUCGGCCCCUCUGUGUGUGUGUGUGUGUGUGUGUGUCUCUGUGCCCCCUAGGCCCCUCUGUGUAUGUGUGUGUCUCUGUGCCCCCUUGGCCCCUCUGUGUGUGUGUGUGUGUCUCUCUGUGCCCCCUCGGCCCCUCUGUGUGUGUGUGUGUCUCUCUGUGCCCCCUCGGCCCCUCUCUGUGUGUCUGUGCCCCCUCGGCCCCUCUCUAUGUGUCUGUGCCCCCUCGGCCCCUCUCUGUGUGUCUGUGCCCCCUCGGCCCCUCUCUGUGUGUCUGUGCCCCCUCGGCCCUUCUCUGUGCCCCCUCGGCCUCUCUGUGUGUCUGUGCCCACUCUGCCCCUGUGUGUGUGUGUGUGUCUGUGCCCACUCUGCCCCUGUGUGUGUGUGUGUGUGUCUGUGACCACUCUGCCCCUGUGUGUGUGUGUGUGUGUCUGUGACCACUCUGCCCCUGUGUGUGUGUGUCUGUGUGUGUCUGUGACCACUCUGCCCCUGUGUGUGUGUGUGUGUCUGUGCCCACUCUGCCCCUGUGUGUGUGUGUGUGUGUCUGUGACCACUCUGCCCCUGUGUGUGUGUGUGUGUGUCUGUGACCACUCUGCCCCUGUGUGUGUGUGUCUGUGUGUGUCUGUGACCACUCUGCCCCUGUGUGUGUGUGUCUGUGUGUGUGUGUGUGUCUGUGACCACUCGGCCCCUGUGUGUGUGUGUGUGUGUCUGUGACCACUCGACACCUCUGUGUGUCUGUGACCACUCGACACCUCUGUGUGUCUGUGACCACUCGACACCUCUGUGUGUGUGUCUGUGUGUCUUUGUGCCCCCUUGGCCCCUGUGUGUGUGUGUGUCUUUGUGCCCCCUUGGCUCCUCUGUGUGUGUGUGUCUUUGUGCCCCCUUGGCCUUUCUCUGUGUGUCUUUGUGGCCCCUGGGCCCCUCUGUGUGUGUCUUUGUGGCCCCUCUGUGUGUGUGUCUCUGUGCCCCCUCUGCCCCUCUGUGUGUGUGUCUCUGUGCCCCCUCGGCCCCUCUGUGUGUGUCUCUGUGCCCCCUCGGCCCCUCUGUGUGUGUGUGUGCCCCCUCGGGCCCCUCUGUGUGUGUGUGUGUGUCCCCUCGGGCCCCUCUGUGUGUGCCCCCUCUUUUUGUCCACUCCCCACCCCCCACUUGUGCCCUUUUUUUGCCCACCCCCUCCUCUCUGGUCAGUCAGAGAGCCACUAGAGGCCCUUCCCAGAUGCCAACGGACUAUGAGUCCCUUAUAUGGUGCUGGACGUCCCAAUGCUCCGCACGAGGGCAUCCAGCGUCAGUGAAAUCCCCUAUGGGAAAGACUAUAUUAGCUUGUGGUGCAUGUGCAUUAGCCUACUCCGUCUGAGUGCUGACCCAGCGCUGAAUGACAUAUAUGCAGGUAUUGGGUGAGUAAAUAAAGGGGGUUUUUUUUGUUUGUUUUUUUUCAAACCCUUAACACAUUGGGGAUGGCCGCGAGGGAGAGGAAUGGGAAAUAGAGGGCACUAUAGAGGACACAGAUUUGUAUUCCUAACUAUAAAAUCCAUUUUAAAACUUGAAACAUUCUUUAACUCUACUUCUUUGUCUUUUGUGUUGCAAAUCUAUUGUCAUUUGAUCAGGAGUCACUGUUUAAGGAAAAACUGUAUGGAGUCUCUUUGCAUCUGUUGCAAGAGAAGAAAAAAACGUACUGGUGUAAAAGAAGUAAAACCACAGGAUGGAUUGUAUUCCAGUGCAUAGCAUGUGUAAAUAAAAUAAAUAACUAAAUCCCACAUGCUAUGUUAUUAUUUAACCCAUUGGGAUAUGUCUUUACUCUAGAGUCGACUUAACUUUAUCAUGUGCCCAUUUUAAGUCUGUAGUUGUUAAGAGCAACAUUAAAAUUAAUGUAAUAGUAACAGAUGUUUUUAAAACCAUGCCAGCAUUGACCUACAGUAGACUAAAACGGUUUGACCCAUCUAGUCUUUCUUGCAGAGGAGUGUCAGUGCAUCAGUCAUAGCCUGUCUAAUCAAAACACUGCCUGUACCACAAAUUUUAAACCUCCUGUUUCAGAAUGCGACAUUUACUUUGUUCUAUCUGUGAGUUCUGUAUCUGUAUGGCAGGUGGAGAGAUGCUACAAUACACAUUCCCUUGCAGAGUCAUGCUUUUGCACUGUAGAUGCAAAGCAGGGAAACUCUUACUUUCUUAACGUUGAGCUCUGUAGUCAUCACAAAGAAAUAGGAAAGGCUAAUCCUAUAUUUUCAUUUUGUAUAAUUAAAGGUCUGGGAGCAAAAAACACAAAGAGAAGAUAUAUUGUAAGGAGUCCCAUUUGGACCUGAGGAAUUGGUGUUGCCGUUAGUAUAGCCACUAAAAUUAAAUUUUUAGUUUUCUUGUUUUUUUUCUUCUCAUUCUACAUGCUUGAUGAUAUAGAAAAAGAUUGCUCUUUGAUAUCACAAAUUACCUUGGGGUGGCCCUCUAAACCCCAUAACCACUACAGUUUAUUGUAGUGGGUAUAGUUUAUGGAGUCUUAAGGUUGUUAAUGGAGUACUGAAACAUGCUUUGGGUCCUGGGUAAACAGAUUUUUACUUUUUACUCGCAUGCUGCUGUCUAACAUACUUUAACAGUUUCCUUAACCCUCUUCAUGGAUUAGUGAUUGUUUAGGUCUUCAGAAAUCUGUUUUUUCCAAGAAUACUAUUCCAAAGUGGAGUGCCCGCCUGUAAUUUUGACAGCAAUAGUGGAUGAGGAACAUAGUGUCAUGAUGGCAAAGUGUAACAUUUGGCCCUUAAUGAGUUCAUUUCACUUUGAAACUGGCAUCAGAUAUGUCAUCACACGUUUAACCUCCUAUGUUCCAGUUUGUGUCACCCUCUCUGUGUCACAUAUCCGAGUAAUGCAAGGCUGAAACCCUGAAACAAUGUUUAGAAAAGGUCACUUCUGUACAUUGCCCUGUGUGCAGAUAUCAUACACUACAGGGCCUUUGCUGGUAUGAUGUGCAAAUGUUUACAAGUGUUUAUUUUAUCUGUGUUGGAACAAACCAUGUAAAUCUAAAUAGGAACGGCUAGCACUGUUUGAUCACCCACGGGAAAAUACAAAGUCCAUUCCGUAGCAAAUAGGCUAGUCCAGAAACUAGAGUUUGUAGAUCCCGUUCCUGUAAAAGUUUAACUGACUUUCCAACAUUACAUGGAAAGAGUUCUGAUAUCUGCACUCUGUAAGGAAACGUUGAAAUAUUGGUGUGUGUGGUGCUUCACUGUUUCAUGGUAUAGAGACAGUUGGGGUCGAUUUUGUGUUUUAUAUUUAUUUAUUUCUAUUUUUUUUUUUUUUAACGAAAAAUGUUUCUUCCCAAAAAUGUCUUAUGUACGUUUUUACCAGUUUCUUACCAAUUCACUUUAAAAAUGUCAACUUCCAAAUGCUGAUUUUAGAAGCUGUAUAGCAAGCUAUAAUGUUGCUGCAUUUGGACGGUGCAGGAAACAGCAGUGUAACGAAUUCAGUAGGUUUAGAGGGGCUUAGAACAUAGUCUGCAGCAUCUUGAAUGCCAGUACUCUCAAAACUAUGACUUUCAGCCAGGCAGCACUAGAACGUCCUAGGAAAACCCAGAACAUACUUAUUGAUUGAGUGUGCAACUCCUCACCGGAAGACUUAUGCAUGUUGUAUCCUACUAAUACUACAACAUUGACUGUGGGGCAUUCUCUCUGUAUGACUGCUGAAUGCUCAUUGUUUUCUGUUUUUACAUCCAUACAGAAAUGCAAAACCCAUGAUUUACUAAUUAAAAUACUAGUGAAUAUCGUGCAGGCAUUUUAACUUUAUCAUUGAUCUCCUAACCUGAUUUUUGUGUUAGAAAAUGGUUUGACUGCUUAGAUUUGGGGGACUUCAGGCCAAUCGAGAGCUUACAAAGUUCAUUUAAGAGAGGAAAAAAAUGCCGGACCUAAAUUAUUAGUCUAAUUUACAGAUACAUUUCUGUAAAAUAUACACACGGGGGGCGCGACAGCCAAGCUUUCCAGACGUGCCUUGCUAGAGCUCCGGCGCUGAGGCAAAUCCUGGCAAUAAAAACAACAAACUUACCCACCAAAAUUGGGUAAUGAUGCUUUGGGGGUUACCCACAGCAUCUGCAAGGCUACUGAUUGAGCCAAAAACUCAUAGCCUAGACAGAUCACCUCAGUGAGGCACUAGCGUCCUACACCGCACUGUAAGAGGGUGGGAGACGCGGCCGAUCUCUCCACUUGCAAGCACCAAGAAAAGCGACAAAACAGCACAGACCCUGCUCCCCCUGCCGGAGAGGGAUUUCCCGGCACAACACUAGAGAGUUAACUCAUUGACCCCUUGCACUGGCGUGAAAAGCUCAAGCUAAGACAACACUGUGUGCUUAGGCCUCAACUAGAUGUCGGAUGCCACAUGCUCCUCUGCUAAUGGAGACCUGCCAUACACCACCCAGCCUUCUGGCAACGAAUCAGCGGGCAAAAGCAGCAGUCCACACCUAGCAGAGUGGCACAGCAACUCCCUGACCCACCUUCGACUCCCCGCCAGCAGCCUGUCAAGGCAUCACCGUGGACAAGCACUAGAUUGUCGCAAGCUCGACCGAGCGCACCACAUACCCAGAACAGAGGGACUCGCAAGGGGGCACCUAACCGGAGAAAGCUCUUGAAUACACAAAACAGCCGGAAGAAGCCGGGUCGGAUGCCCAUCUCACACUCCCUAGAGCAAUACUCACCUUCCGCUUGAUCCCCUUUCCACAGAAAACACUACUACACCUGUGAACCGCCACCAAUGUCUUUCUAAGGGUGACAACCCCUCCAUGAGACAGCUCCUGAUCCAUGGCCAGGCUUCCAACUGAUGGGAUGAAGCUGAACCCGUGCAGGGCAUAGGCUAGGUGGAGGGCAAUCAACGAGCCUCAUUACCCGAUAUCCUGUAACAGCAGUACCCAUAUUAAGAGACAUUCCACCUCAAACUUAUGUCUCCCCUGACCCACCAUAUGUAUCCUAUUUGAAUGCCUGGCAUACUUAGCACAUCAUGCAGAAUCCAUGCCAUAGCACUACUUAACUACUUUACUACAGUUAAUCGAUUAGCUUAAAGGACCACUAUGGUGCCAGGAAAACAUACUCGUUUUCCUGGCACUAUAGUGCCCUCAGGGUGCCCCCUCCCGCCGGGCUGGAUGGCGAGGAAAGGGGUUAAACUUACCUUUAUUCCAGCGCCGGGCGGGGAGCUCUCCUCCUCCUCUUCGCCUCCGAUCCACCUCUUCGGCUGAAUGCGCAUGUGCGGCAAGAGCUGCCCGCGCAUUCAGCCGGUCUCAUAGGAAAGCAUUUGCAAUGCUUUCCUAUGGACGCUUGCGUCUUCUCACUGUGAUUUUCACAGUGAGAAGCACGCAAGCGCCUCUAGCGCCUGUCAGUGAGACAGCCACUAGAGUAUUUGGAGGCUGGAUUAACCCUAAUAUAAACAUAGCAGUUUCUCUGAAACAUAACAUUUCUCUGAAACUGCUAUGUUUAUAAAAAAAAAGGGGUUUAAUCCUAGAGGGACCUGGCACCCAGACCACUUCAUUAAGCUGAAGUGGUCUGGUGCCUAGAGUGGUCCUUUAAGCAACCUAUCUAGACAAACACCAGCAAGCUAUGCUUUAGCCUGUGUUUCCAGAAGCAUGCUUUAAAUCAUAUGCUAUCACCUUUAUCACUUCUCAGCUCUGUUCUUUAACUCGUGUUACCCACUAGCUCUUCCACCUCCUAGAGCAGUGCUCCUGUUGUCUUUUUCUUGUUUCCUACUUCUUAAAAAAAAAAAACAAAAAAAAAAGUACAGUCCCUCUCUGACAUUCCAUGUGAGGCCUACAACAUGAAUAUUUUAAUGAAAGGUCUACCAGAGCUUGUUUGAUACUCUGUGCACUACAAAAAUAAAUAAUUAUUAAAAAAAUAUACACUUAGAUUUACAAUUGUCUAGUAUGUUAUCUGCUACAUGUUCUUUUUGAGUGAGGUUACGUUCCUUCACUACUCCGCACACCUGAAAUGAAUGCUGUGUGGGGGACCGAAAUGUUCUUAAAAAUCUGAAUAUUGCGGAGAGUCCUAGACAAAAUCUGCAUUGAUGAAGAAGGUAAAAAAUAUGGGGCCAUUGUAGAAAUCACAUAAGUGCUACAAAUUCAUGUAAACAAUCGCUGUACCACCAAGUUUUUUUGUUCAGUUUUAAACGUUCAUGGUGGGUUUGUGGAAGUAAAUGAGAAAUAAAAAGCAAAAUGAAGGCAGCUGCUCAGACCAUAUGAAUUUUUUAUUUUCAGUCGGAAUCUUUUUGGUAUGCAGUGGUCUGCACAGCCCAAAUUACAAGAAUCUAUUGAGACGUUGUCACGGUGGAUACAAGCUUGUAUAUGUGUUUUGGCAGUUGUGCAAGUUUCUUAAUCUCUACCAUGAAACGCGGCCAGAAGGUUCCUGUGAAACUUAACUGCUUCAGUAUUUAUUUAUUUUUUACCAUAUUUCAGUGCCAGAAUUGGAACUUGUCUCAUAAUGUCCUCUAGAUACCUGAUGAAAAGAAUGUGUAGAAUAUUUGCAGCUGUGGCAAAAAGGUAGCUCUCCAUCUGUGAUAGAACUAACCUGCCAAGGUGUAAUUCUGUGUCGGAGGGGGAUUUACCUGUUAACCCUACUUGCUCUAUGCAUUUAUUAGCGGAACAACUUGAUCACAACAGGUGAUGUCCAAAAGUACCACAUUAUCCAGCUCAUCCUUUUAUGGGGACAGUUUGUUGGACUGGACACAAAAGUUCCACCCAUCCUGACACAUGUUCUUUGUCUUCUUUUACGGACAGAAUGUCCUCAUUCCUUUACAUUGUAAUCUGGUGUAAAUCCAAAUAACACUUUGCCUAGCCUUGUGACACAUUGUUUUGGCUCUGUGACAUGGGUAGGGUCGAAAAGGCAGUGAGAUUCUAUGCAUUUACAUAAUGAUCUUUGCAUCCGAGUCAACUUUUUAUCAGAUUAUUUAUUAUUUACAUUGGUAUUAGUUUUACAUGAGAUUGUACAUAGAAUGUCAUGCAAAUAUAUUGCAUAGAAAUCUGUAUAUGUUGUGUUAAAACCGCAAGUCUCAUUUUAGUUUAUUUUGAUGUUUGUUUUUUUCAGAUAUUUGUUGAAACUAGCAGAGCUGUACGAAAAACUAAGGGUGAGUGAUUUUCAUAACUUCUGUAACUUUUAUUGUAUGAUCUGCCCUUUAUUUAAUAAUUUAGAUAAUUUUUUCAAACCACCGCAUACUACACAGUUGGCACUGUCACCUGUGCAUUAUUCUUCAUAAUGUACGGUUUGACAAUGUACAGGUCAAUGAGUCUGUCCAUUUACUUAGGGCUGCAGACCUGUUCCAGUGUACCUGUUUGCUGAACAUUUCUCUUGUAUUCUACCCAUCUGGGACUAGUAAGAAACUAAAACUGAAAUGAAGUUGAAAAUAAAAAUAAGCGAUAAUUUAUUUAUUAAAGUGUCUUUGUUUAUCUAGAGGUACGAGGGCAGUCGAAUUUUGGAAGAAAAGAAAAAAACAAAAGAUGAAAAAAAUAACCAAACUAAACACUACGAACUGUUUAGUGAAUAAAUGCCUUAAUUCUUAACGUUGGAUUAGUUUUUCCAGCAAAAGGUUGACUGCUCAGUUGGUUUCUGCUAAUUGGAAGAAAUGCUUGCUUGACACAGGAGUGUUUGGCUUAGUACCAAGCAGAAAAGGUUGUGUCAGUCUCUUGUUGACACUAGGCUUCACAAAUGAUUAGCUUGUGGCCCCGUCACCCAAAUCAGGGCCAGAAGGGUUUAAGAGCAAUGAAUCCCGUCAUUCUGCCAGUUUCACUUCAGUAGUUAGGGCAGCUAUAAACUAUUUUUUUUGUUUUGCCUGCUCUGAAAUAAACCUUUUUGCGGAGAUUAUAAAAUACUCCUGCAUUUUGAUAAAUGUUUUGCUGUAGAGCUGUAUUUUUAAUUUUUUUAAAUUUUGUUUGCCUUUAUGGAUUUGCAUGCAAUAUAUAUCAUAACAAUCGCAAAUUGUUUGCUUGCUAUUGGACUUUGAAAUAUGAAAGAUUUAUACAGGUAUUUGCAAUUUUGUGCCAGGGAUUUGUUGCACCCCCAACACGAGGCUGCCUAAAAAUUUUUAAAUCUGUACAACAGACUUGGUCAGCUUCAAAAUGGAGGGAGGCGGAGGGGACUUUCAAGCUUUUACCUUGCAGGCAAGUUCCCAGCAGUUGAAUUGGCCCAUGCCACACUUCCUCCCCUCCCUGGCUCAGAAUAUGCAUAUACGCUCUGAACCUGGGAGAACAGCCCAAUUGAAUGCUACUCUAUGAAGCACUUGAUUGGACCUCUGAGAGGUAAAGUGUGACAUCAGAUGGGAUGUGGAAGGCAGCAUGGGGAGCAUCACCUGGUGUUGGAUUCCAGGUACAUUUAAAGCGUAUAAUGUUGUGUUUUUUUUUUAUACACCUACAACUUAGCUUUACAUUGUGAAUAAUGCCCAAAAGUGCAUUCUGCAUUAUAUGAAUGGGUAAAAAGGGAUGGAGUAGCCCUUUAAGAUGCUAAAGCUCUCUAACAACUUUGACUGACUGACUGGUUGGAAUAGCACAUAUACGCUUGGCCUGAAUAUAAUUCUUUGAUAUUCAAGUCUAGCCCAACUCAAGUAUUCCCCCAAAAGGAACAUAGACUCUUUUGAACAAGGUUUGCACAUACUGUGCUCCUUGUUACCAAACUGAACAAACUAUUUUUAGUGGCAGAUACUGAAAGAUCACCUACUGAUUGAUGGCUUUAGCUCUUUCAGUUUAAAGCAAAGUUUUUCUGGCCUUUUGGUUUUAAAAUAUCCACUCCAUGUUGUGUUUUAAUAAACCUCUCCGAAUUUUCAUUUACUCUUUAUUUAUUUUUUUUUAAAUCUCUUUUUAGAAAGUAGAGGCCAGAGUUGCUUCAGAUGAGGACUUGAAACUGUCGGAACUUUUAAGAUACUAUGUGCUUAACAUUGAAGCUGCCAAGGUAAUGUAUUUAAUUUAUAGAAGCAGUAAUAAUACCAACAUAAUAAACCAGUAAAGUUAUAUUUUAGAUUUUUCCUAGUUUCCAUUUCCAUUCUGGUGUGUGGCUGGUAUUAAACUUAAUGCUAUUAUUUCAUCAGUCAUGGAGAGCUAAACGUUAGUUGACCAAAUAUGUGACUCUGUGAUGCUACAUAUGGAGCACUAUCAGUUUAGCUAUUUCUUCCUCUUCUGUACUGCAUGUUUCUAUUUUACAGACCCUUUUGUAAGAUCAGGCAAAAAAUAUGUUUUAGCUACUGUGAGAGAGAAUGGUCCAGGUGCUACUCUAAUUGGAAUGGAAAUAAGUGGUAGAGCAUGUACUGGGUGCUUUAGUCAGCAGUGGUGGAUCCAGACACACAUUUCAGAAGGAGGGGGACAUGCAAGAUAGCUUUGUUGAAAUGAGGCAAAGGCAAUCAUUGCAUUGUCUGUAGAAAUCACAGAUUAUUAACACACUAGCGCAAACAGAAGAGAAUAACUGAAAGGCAGUUUGCACAUUUUUGACCAAAGUAGCAAAGUUGAAAAACUAGUUGUUGUUUUUUUUGGCCUAAAUUUACAGUUGGUUUUCCAGGUCACAACAACUUAUUUGUUUAAUAGUAUUUUUGAGGACCCAGCUAGAAAAAUACUAGAGCAAGCUGGGCAUGGAUAGUUAGAUUACACAUGAUUCCUUGAAUUUUAAGCUGUUUUGGGGCCGAGCCCUCUAAACCUACUCUUCCUGAAUGUCAGACGUGCUUUUUGUUAGAAUUUCGUAUAGUAAAGGGCUGCGGAUAAUUUUGAAAGCGUUAUAGAGCUAUUUUUUUUUCUUUGUAUGUUUUCCAUAGUCAUUAAGCAAAAAUGUCUGAAGUAUAUUAAUAAUAUUUACAUGUUGCAGUACCCUGGACAAACCAAAAAAGUGUAAAAAUGGGCCAAAUAGUAGUUUGUUUUUUGUUUUGUUUUUAAAAAAGGGUUUAUGGACAAUAUGUGGCCGAACCAAAUUGCCACAUAGUCGAUUACUUGAGGUAGAUUAUUUUUUUAAUUUUUUUGGAAUGCGAUUUCAACAAAAACUAUUUUAUUAAUUUACUUUAUAUAUACAACACAUACAUACUGUUUAGCCACAACAUUAAAACCACUGACAUGUGAAGUGAAUAACAUUGAUGAUAUUGUUACAAUGGCACCUGUAAAAAAUAUUAGGCAGCAUGUGAACAGUCAGUUCUUGAAUUUCAUGUGUUGGAAGCAGGAAAAUGGGCAAAAAUAACGAUCUGAGUGACUUUGACACGGGCCAAAUUUUGAUGGGUAGAUGACUGGGUUACAGCUUCUCCAAAAUGGCAAGUCUUGGGGUAUGUUCCCGGUAUAGAGUGGUUGGCACCUACCAAAAGUGGUGCAAGAAAGGACAACUGGUGCACUGGCAUCCGUUCCAAUCACACACAAGCCACUGUAACUCAAAUUGCUGGACAACUUAAUGCAGACCAUAAUAGAAAAGUGUCAGAACACACUGUGCAUUACAGUUUACACUGGCCGGUCAGAGUAAUCAUGAUGACACCUGUCCACUGCGAAAGCACCCUCAAUGGUGAACAAGACCAUGGAGCAAUGAAAGAAGGUGUCUAGUUUGAACUACUUUUUCUUUUAGAUCAGGUGGAUGGCUGGAUGUGUGUGCAUUGUUUACCUGGGUAAGAGAUGUAGCAGGAUGCACUAUGGGAAGAAGGCAGGCUGGCGGAGGCAGUGUUAUGCUGUGGGCAAUGUUCUGCUGAGAAACCUUGUAUCCUGGUAUUCAUGUUGAUAUUACUUUGACACUUUACACCUGCCUAGAGAUUGUUGCAAACCAGCUACACCCCUUCAUGGCAAUGGUGUUCUCUGAUGGCACCCUGCCACACUGCAAAAAUUGUUCAGGAAUAGUUUGAGGAAUGUGACAAAAGUUCAAAGUGUUGCUUUGGUUUUAAUUAGGGGUGCACUGAAAUGAAAAUUCUGGGCCGAAACCGAAAAUUCAGGAUGCCCUUGGCCGAAAACUGAAACUGAAAAUGACUUUUUUUCCCUAAAAAAUUUUUUUUAUAUUAGACUUAAUGAAUUUAAUUAAUCUAAUAUGAAAAACUUCCCUUCUCUUUUAGUGGUCCCUUGCUUAAUGUUUCUCUCUCCCCCCACUAGUGUUCCUUUCCCCUUCCUCUUUUUUAGUGUUCUUUCCCCCCUCCUCCCCAGUUCCAUAGUGUUCUUUUCUCCCCUCCCCUGUUUGUCUUUUCCCCUCCCUCCCCUGUCCCAGUGUUCUUUUCUCCCCUCCCCUGUCCCAGUGUUCUUUUUCUCCCCUCCCCUGUCCCGGUGUUCUUUUCUCCCCUCCCCUGUCCAGGUGUUCUUUUCUCCCCUCCCCUGUCCCCGUGUUCUUUUCUUCCCUCCCCUGUCCCGGUGUUCUUUUCUUCCCUCCCCUGUCCCAGUGUUCUUUUCUUCCCUCCCCUGUCCUGGUGUUCUUUUCUCCCCUCCCCUGUCCCGGUGUUCUUUUCUCCCCUCCCCUGUCCCGGUGUUCUUUUCUCCCCUCCCCUGUCCCGGUGUUCUUUUCUCCCCUCCCCUGACCCGGUGUUCUUUUCUCCCCUCCCCUGUCCCGGUGUUCUUUUCUCCCCUCCCCUGUCCCGGUGUUCUUUUCUCCCCUCCUCUGUCCCGGUGUUCUUUUCUCCCCUCCCCUGUCCCGGUGUUCUUUUCUCCCCUGUCCCAGUGUUGGAACAACUAAGGGCAGUAGGUAUUAUGACCUGUGGUAACAGCAUUUUAGCAGCCCAGCCAGGAAAGACACUGGUAUGCCAUCUAACCAUAGCCCCUACUUGCUGCCCAAGUUCUCAGAGAGUCCAUCCCGGUCUUCCCCUCGCUGACAGUCCAGGCUUCAGUCGGGGUUCACGGUUGCAGAGUUGUGGACCUGCGCUCCCAGUAGCAUUAGUGGAAGCCCUUCCAUUCAGGCUUGUCGUGCUGGAGACAAGGGAGCAUAUCUUCUUGUUGGUGAGGUGAGCGGUAGUGGGAACACCUUGUUGACUGAAGUGGAGCCGUCCACCGGUGCAGCUUUUUACGCCAUCUCCUUUGCGGCCCCUUUCGGUAGACACGUGUGGGAUGUUUAUGCCUGCGGUAACAAGCAGCAGGACGGUUCCGGGGAGCCGCAGAUUGGUCGGCGGGAAUGGGUGCCUCUUUUUACAGAACAGAGCUCCGUAGAAGGUGCAGGUGCGGUCAGGCGCUGUAUGUCGCGGUUCCUUGCAUGUUGGCCCUAGUGGGACUGUUGUCCCGCUGUGUAGCAGGGGAGGUGGGUGUAGUGAUUGCGGUUCUGUUUAGUGCCUCUGAUCGUGCCUCCCCCUGAAUCCGCCUCACUCUACGCUCCUCCCCAUAGUGUUUUUCCCUCCUCACCUGUCCCAUAGUGUCCCCACCCCCCAGCCAAAAUGUUGGUGCACCCCUUGUUUUAAUGUUGUGGCUGACCACUAUACUUCACACAUUAGGCAGCCAACAUAAAUAUAACCAACAGUCCACACACACAUAUAAUACCAGAGACAGGACAAGCCGGGCACCCAUACAUAAGACAACAUGUAACCUACACACACAACACCACAAACAAACAUAUGCACAACACCACAUACAGCCCAUAUAUACACUUGCAUAACACCACAGACCUCCCACACGUAUACAACCUCAUCAAGCAUACUCAACAUAUAUAAAUACUACCCCAAUACAAAUAGGGAGAGUACCUUAAAGGACUUAUAAGUUUUAUUUGGCACAACACUACCAAAAGGUUGCCUAGCCCUGCCUCAGACUGUCCUCUCAUUUAUCCAUAUGUACAGUGUGUCAACUGCCGGAGUUGGAUCUCAUGAUAUAUCUUGGUGAUCUUUCGAUCUGGGAAUUUUGUGAGGAGUGACUGGCUUCUGCCACUCGUUGCACCUCUCUGGGGUAUUAUUAAAAUUAAAAAAAUCACCUGCAGAAGCUUGCCUGACUCAGCAUGAAGCGGCACACCAGGAGAUUUCCUGGGUUCCCAGUGAACCAGUCUGGAUUUGCGUUGACAUAGAAUAGAAAGAAAACUGGUGCAAGACAACAGAAUAAAUUACUAUGACCGUCAAAUGAUGUAUGUAUAAUGUAUGAAGUGGUGAUUAUGUAGAAGAAAGUUAUUUUUGUCACACUUUAUCCAGAUGGAGAGAAAUCCCAGCAAGUCUUCAUUUUAAUUGGGUGAACGCAAUCUUUUCCCUUUUGUAGGACUUGCUGUACAGAAGGACCAAAAGUCUAGUUGAUUAUGAGAAUUCAAAUAAAGCUCUUGAUAAAGCAAGAUUGAAAAGUAAAGACGUGAAACAGGCAGAGUUGCACCAGCAGGAGUGCUGCCAGAAGUUCGAGAAGCUUUCUGCAUCUGCAAAGCAAGGUAUAAUGGAGAGAGAGAAAUCUCAGCUUAAGUGUUAUUACGUUCUAUAACCGCUCUGUCUUUUAGUUUCUGUAAGUGAGGCAGCAUUCUAAAUGUGGACCAGAAUCCAUGAAAUGUAGUGGAAUGUUGAUACUGUUUCCAUGGUGACUGCUCCUCUUAGAACUUUGUACCACUUUUCUCUUAUUUUUCUGUAUGCUGUGUGAUUGUACAGUUCCUUUCAGAGGUAGAGAAUAUAAAAGUUGUUGUGCAUGAAUAGGAUAGUAGGCAAUGUGCCACACGUUUUAUUCUUGAGUACCUAAACAAGUUUGAGGUAUUGUUAAAUAAAGAUGCUUGCAAUAAAUACAAAAUAAACAUAAAAUUAGUAUUACACUUGCCUUCGCAAUAAAACAUGGAAUAAAAGUAAAAUAGUUGCUUGUACUGGUCUCUUAUGUAUGGGAAUUGCAAACUAAAUUAAAUUUCGUUAACUAUAUUUAAAACGGUUUCAUUAUACAGUCAUUUUCUUAUUAGAUGAUGAAAACCAUUAAUCAAUAUUCUCUCAAAACGCUAUUCUCUGUUGGACAUCUUUGUGGAUUUUUAUUUGAUGUUUAAUCAGAACUGUAUAAAAAUCUCAAACCCCGACGUCUUAUGUUUUGCAGAGCUGGCUGGAUUCAAGCGAAGGAGAGUGGCCGCUUUUCGCAAAAACCUAAUUGAAAUGACAGAAUUAGAAAUUAAACACGCAAAGGUUAGUACAGCCACCCUUUUCAAACCAAUCUGCAGUUUCCUAAAUUUGUUUUUGCGUGCUUUGAUCCCUUAUGUAUAUUCCAAGUCCAUGCCCCAGCACAUAUUUCCAGAAUGUACAAUAGAACUUCAAUUUCAGUACAAAUGGAGAGCAUUGUAGCCAACACAAUUGUAAAUAUGCAUUUACAUUGAUCGGGAAAGUAUCCUAGAUAAGCAAUCUAUAAAACCAAUAACAAUACAAGAAUUUAAGCUUUUGCAGGAUUUAAAAAAAAAAAAAAAAGAUUUUGCUGCAGGGUACAACCAAUUGUCAAAACCAGAUUAAUGUGGCAACACAAAUGUGAAUGGAAGAAAAUCUCUCUUGACUGGGACCCAUUGCCCCUAAGGUGCCAGGAUGCUUGUAUGCACCAGCAUCAGAGACUGCUUCAGGAUAUUUUAACCUCUUGCAGCAUUGUAACUUAGUGCUGGGAGGAGACGAUUCAACAUUGCAUCCUUCAAGCAGUGUGAGGUAGUAUUCCAUGUGGGAGAGACGGUGAAGAAUGCAAAGACAGCCUGAGAGAGCCUUAUAGAAAUGUACACACCAUAAAAGAACACCUAUAUUAAAAAAAGCAUGCUGGUUUAGACCAGUGCUGCCACAUUGUGUGGCUAGUUAUAUAUGUAUGGCUAUCGGAUGUGUUUGAGAGAGAACGGCCAUCUUGGUAUUUGCAUGUGAGAGUGGCUUGGUAAUAACUAAGAUUGAGAUUGGUUAAAUGAGUAAAAUAACAGUUUAUUAUCAGUUCCCCACUCAGGUCUAAUACAGGUUUUAGCUCACUUGUACUAUUAUAGAGAGAACCUAAGGCAGUCGCAUGUCGGACUCAUCCCAUCCACAAGGGCGGUCCAGAUUUGUAAUGCUGGAAUGAUGAUUAUUUGACUUACUUUAGACCUCUUCAGUUGGGCGUAGCUGAUACCCCUCUAGACACAUCCACAUCAGGUUUACCUUUAUGACUUGGGGAGAUCCUAGUCCUAUACAAAUAAGCCGCACAUAAUUUAUUAGAACAUGUGUUUGUGUGAGUGUACAUAAGAGCGUGAUAACUUGGCUUAUACGAUUUGAAUGAGAGUAUAGCGAAGGUCCAGUUUGGAAAUUUUUGUCCUAGCUCAUAUAUUCUAUUAUCAGGCUUUGUAUUGUACUGAAAUUUGUUCACAAGUUGCCCAACCUAUUUUUUUGACCUUGGAUGCACUGGGGUUUUUUUUUUUGUUUUUUUUUAAAAUGGAUUUUGCAGCAAGAUAACAUUAAACAUUUCACAUGUUCAUUUCAAUCAGUCAGUUUGGUAAUUUCUGCCAGCACAAUAAAACGCAAUGCAGGACUUUACAGUGUGCAGUUUUUGAUUUAUUGUGUAUAACUUACAAAGUUACAGAGUUGCGUUAAUGUCCAGUUGUUUAAUAUUAGAAAGAAUCCUGAAUGAAUUUUGUUAAAGUGUAUCUUUGUGUCUGGACUGUCCACUGAAUAGCGAACCGCUACUGUGCAUUAUGUGUGACCACGUGAGUAGAUAAUUAGGCUGGUGAGUUUUAGACCCCACACUGUAUGGUGUUUAUCCACUAAACACCAAAAUUGUAGUGAAUUUAAACAUUUAGGUAAAAUAGCCAAAUCUGCUAUUUUUUUCCCUUAAGUAUUGCAGUUUUGGUUUUCAAUUUACUACAGUUAGUAUUUUAUGGAGUAAAUGCCUCUUGGUUUAGGAUUGAUCUUGAUGGAUUAAAGCAAUUUUUCGUUUGCGUUUCUAUUGCAUUACUUGCCUUACUACAACUUACAUUUAUGAAUAAGAAGUGCUGAUGAAGUAUGUUCCUGUUAUUUAGCUGUUGGUACUUAAUUUGAUCUGUGAUGUUCUGUACUCUUCAUAGAAUAACAUGGCUCAAUUACAAAGCUGCAUCGAAUUGUUUAAGAACAGUUAG